CUCCAGCAGGGAUGAGUGCCAUGGCCCAAGGAGCUAGCAUUCUUGACCAGGGGAGGUAGGGAGGGAUGAAGAGAGCUUUCAAGUGUAUUUAACAUUCUCCUCACAGCCCUCUCCAACGGGUCUCCCUCUGUCCUUUCUCCAAACACCAGACUCCUAAGUUUACUGAAGAAAAAUAAGCUCAUUAAUCCAGACUCAGCCUAACAUAGCAAAAGAAACAAGACAUAGUCUGCUGGUGAAAACCCUGGAUUUGGAGACCAUAAAGAAGAUGGAGAGGCACAUGGUCAGGGAACAAUUGUAUAAGCAGUUUGAUUUGGAGAGGAAGAAUGCCAAGCAGGCUGAAGCCAGACUGGACCAAAGGCUGCAGAAACUGGAGAAUAUCUGCCUCUACCAUGUGAAAUUGCUGACCUGGGAGCAGAGGCAGCUCCAAAAAGAACUGCAGAAGUUGCAGCAAGCAAAAACCAUGAAGAAAAAGUUCUCCUCUUAUUUGGGGAAUGGAAUUCAGAAGAGACCAGAAGAUGUUCUCAAGUUCUCACCACAGGGAGGGCAGCAGCACAGAGCCCCACAGGCUAAGAAAAUGAGAGCAUUGGCAACCCGUAUGACCCAAGACACAUACAAAAGCAAGUCCCAGCUGCCUCCUUCACAUGAUCCUGGCCUCAAAGACUCCAUGAAGAGCAAAGAGCAGCUACUCUCUCAAAAUAAUAGAACUGCCUGCUUCACGAAAGAGCAACCACAAGCCCAAGAGAAAGAUUCUGUGAAUCCACCUAAGGACGUAGACUCCAGCAAGGGCAUCUCUGUUCUAUGCCAAAAUCAAGAGGUUUCCACCAACACCAUAGAACAAGGCCCUAGUUCCAGCCCAGCUCGUAAUAGUGGAACGGCACAUGCUGAUAAGACCAGAUCAAAAGAUGUUGCUGUAAAGCCAGAUGGGAACACUGGAAAACAAAUUCCUCCAAAUCACACGGAAUGUGCAGGAAGCUUCGAAGGCGAGUUCACGAAGCCAGCCUUCUUAGAGUUGCUUUCAAAGGCCAGAAAUGUGCAUUAUCUCCGGCACAGGGUCCCCCCUGAGUCUGAGAGGUUGCUUAGCAUUGGGGAGGUAUUUGGGCAUGGGGAAUCCCUGGAAGGCAGGCGAGGAGUGUGAAAAUAGAGCGCCUUCUAAGUUUCUUCCUCUCUAACCAUUUAACAUAGCCUGAUAAUAACAUAUUCCAUUAUUGCUAAGGAAAUGUGCUCCUCAAAUGGCUAUAUUAAGCAAUACAGAGAAAAACAAAUAAACAUAAUUGAGUUACAAUUUUAUUUUAAACUUCCUAUUAUUUUCCGGGAAUGUAAUAUUUCUUGAAUGAACAAUGCUAAUAUAUGAAAAAGGAGGGGAGGAAUGAAUCUUCUGAAAGUGCUUUUUAAGGGAUGGGUUUAUGAUGUCAUCAACAAUAUGAAUAUAUAUUGAUGACUGGACUUGGGAAAACAGUGAGUCUUGCUUUCAGGGACUUCCGGUUUCUUCUAGGAGAUUCUCAUGGUGCCACCUGCUGGCAAAACGGCGUAGCUAUUCUCUUUUUUUAGUUUGAUAUACAGUAGUGGUAGGAAUAGGAAUGCGAUUGUAAACAUGUACUGUAACAUGGUCUGCAAAGAAAACCCGCUCUUUAACCACACCCAUGUGCUUUCUUUGGAAGCCGUUUCCUUCUUUCCUUUAUUUACAGAUAGCUCCAUUUUAGUUUUCACCUUCCCACUUUCAACCUGCUCCUAUCAAAUUUUUUGAAUCCUAUUGAAAGAAUAAUGGACAAUCUUUUCCGUCUCGUAUCUUUGAGAAUCAAAGGAUUUAAAAAACUUUUAAUCAUCUCCCAACAUGCUGUCAAAUGCACAGCAGACUCUAUCAAAACGAUUUCACUGUAAAAUGAGAGGUACUAACAUUGUUAACAAGUUAUUGUUUCAAGUAGGCCUCUAUGACUUGGGCUACAUUGUAAAAGAAUCGAUUAGAUUUUGUUUCCCAUUCAAGGGAUCCAAAUAUCACACAAAAAAUAAGUAGUAUCAUAA